CAAGAGGAGACAGUAAAGAGAUCAUGCCGAACGUGCAGGUGACGAGCAACGUGCCGUCGAGCGGCGUGGACAAGGCCAAGGCCAUGGCCGCCAUCUCCAAGGGCGUGGCCACGGCGCUGGGCAAGUCGGAGCAGGUGGUGAUGGUGCACCUGAACCUGGACACGCCCAUGCUCUUCCAGGCCUCGGACGCCCCGUGCGCCAUGAUUCAGCUCAAGAGCAUCGGCAAGGUGGACGCCCAGCACAACCCGACGACGGCGUCGAUCCUGACGGAGACCGUGAGCCAGGAGCUGAACGUGCCCAAGGACCGCAUCUUCAUGAACAUCGACGACGUGCAGCGCUCCAACUGGGCCAAGGGCGGCGUGCUCAUCCCGGAGCCCAAGCAGUAAAGAGAGAGCACAAUAUGCUGGCCACUUAAAGUAACACAAGAGGAUCGUAGCAGACUUUUUUUCAUGACUUGACAUUGAAAAAAAAAAAAAUGUUUUCACCU